CUGGAAGGUCGACUGUCUGUUUCUCUCCACAGAUGCUGCCCGACCCUCCGAGUUCCUCCAGCAGCACGUUUUUGGCUCCAGAUUCCAGCAUCUGCAGUAUCUUGUGUAUCUCUUUUCAGGCUUGGUCUCUUUCAGUCGAGCCUCAGGCUUCAUUAGCAAUCAGACCUGUUGAAUGUCUUUCUGAUCCCUCCCUGAUGUGGAAAUGGCCGCGUUACCUUCUCUCUGGACACUUGCAGCAAAAUAACAUUGAUUCCCUGUGUGGUGUGUGCUGUGUGGUGGGCAAUCGCGGCACUGCAGAGAUUCAGCAGCUCCCCGAAAGUGAAAGGACUGUGAAUCAGGAAGUGCGGGGAGUUAACAUGGCUUCGAAAGGCCAGGUCGAGAGUUUAACCGAGGAGGUAAUUUGUCCCAUCUGCCUGGAUUUCUUCACCGAUCCGGUUAUACUGGAGUGUGGACACAACUUCUGCCGCUCCUGUAUCACACGGUGUUGGGAAAGGGAGGAGAGAAACUCCUGCCCGGAAUGUCGAGCGGAGUUUGUGGACCGCACCCUCAGGGUAAAUCGGGCCUUAGCAAGUCUGUCCGAGAAAGCUCGAAAAUUAAACUUGAAUCCGAUAAAGAAGGAAAGGAAACUUCACUGCGAGGAACAUCAGGAAGAACUGAAGCUGUUUUGUGAAACGGACAAGAAACUGAUCUGUGUGAUUUGCAGAGAUGCGCGGGAACACAGAGAGCACCGCUUCCUGCCGGUUAAAGAAGCUGUUGAAAUAUGCAAGGAUCAGAUUAAAUCUUCCUUAGAAUCUCUCACAAAAAUGAAAUCAGACUUCCAGGAAAUGGAGCGACAACAGAAAGAGAAGAUCUCCGGAGUUCGGGAACAGUCACACAGCCUUCAGUCCCACAUCACAUCCCAAUUUGCUGAACUGCACCAGAUUCUCACUGAGAAGGAGCAGCGCUUACUCAGAGAUCUCAGGGAAGAAGAGGAGAAGAUUCUAAAUCCAAUGGAGAAAAAACUUCAAGAGAUUCAAGAGAAUUUAAAUUCUAUUCAGGAGAAACUCUCAAAAUUACAGGAACGGAUGAAUGAAGAAGACAGCUUGAUAUUUCUCAAGGAGGAGGCUCGUCGGAAGAGGAGGAUUAAUGAUGAUGUGCAGACCUUGUCGGUGACUGAUGGUGCCCUACCAGUUGAAAAAUUCGAUCACCUCUUUUUGUUGAAGACAGCGUUAAGGGAAAUGUUUGAUACAAUUAAGCGAGUCUCCGUCACCCUGGAUGUGGGAACGGCGGGUCCGCGGCUCGAGGUGUCUGAGGAUCGGAAGAGUGUGAGACGGACCCGGACCUGGAGGAGUCUCCCCGACACCGGGAAGAGGUUCACAGUCGGGGCCCGUGUGCUGGGAUCGGAGGGAUUCACAUCGGGGGGACAUUACUGGGAGGUGGAGGUGGCGGGGAGUCGGGGCUGGGGUCUGGGAGUCGCCGCAAAGUCUGUGGAGAGGAAGCGACGGGUCGGACUGAUCCCGGAGAACGGAUUCUGGACCAUCGAGGGGGAUGGUGACGAGUUUUAUGUGAACACCUCCCCUCGAUCCCGUCUCCCUGCCGGUCCCAUCCCCGGGAGGGUGGGAGUUUAUCUCGGUUACGGGUCCGGGACAGUUUCAUUUUACAGCGCGGACACCAAGUCCCAUCUCCACACCUUCACUGGGAAUAAAUUCACGGAGAAACUUUAUCCUUUCUUCGGGACUUGGGAUGAAAACUGGCUGAGAAUCUGCUCCGGUUCCGCUCCGGGUCUGUAACCGGGUCGGGUCACGGGACCGGCGUCAGGAGGAAGUCAGUGUAAAUAUAAUUGUGGGGAGAGUGAAAUAAACACGAAUUGACAUUAGAACUGUCGACCCAUUAAUUUUAACGCGUUAACUGCAUCCGUCAGCGGAACAGAAAUACUUUUGUGAAAAUACAAAGAUUGAACCGCGGGCGGCGGCUCCCCCGGGUCCUAAAGUCCACAAAUCCACCCACUGUCCAUAAGGAGUUUGUACGUUCUCCCCGUGUCUGCGUGGGUUUCCUCCGGGUGCUCCGGUUUCCUCCCACAAUCCAAAGACGUACGGGUUAGGAGGUUAUGGGCAUGCUAUGUUGGCGCCGGAUGCAUGGCGACACUUGCGGGCUGCCCCCCCCCACCCAAAAUCACUGCACAAAAAAUGUAUUUCACUGUGUGUUUCGAUGUACAUGUGACUGAUAAAGAUCUUAUCUUAAAAUAAUGCCCUCUUGUUUUUAGCACACCCGACCUGGGAAAAAGGCUAUUUGUUUUUUCAACUUCCCAACUGCAAUACUCAAGUGCCCUGACUGAUGAAGACCAGCAUGUCAAACGCUUUCUCCACCAGCCUAUCUACUUGUGACGCCGCUUUCAGUGAGCUACGCACUUGCACUCCCAGUUCCCUCGUUCCAUAACACUCCUCAGGGUCCUGCCAUUCACUGUAUAAGUCCUGUACCGAUUGCCCCUCGCUCCUCGCUGCCAGUAUCCUCAAACCCCCGUCCAAUCACCUGUCCGCCAUCUCCCACAAUCACCUGGCCUCCGGCCAGAGACACUUGGUUGAUCUUCCAGACUCACCCGUCAUGUCGCUGGCAA